AUGUCAUAUUCGACAACUAUAUUUCAAGCAGAAAACAAUUUUAUCUUCAACAUUAUACAAAACACUUCAGAAACUAACUUUGAAACCAGGGCUUUGGAGCGGAGCUGGAGCUGGAGCGAGGAGCAAUCGGAGCAACCAUAUUCUGGUCGGAGCGCAAUGGGAACAAGUGUGUCAAAAAAGUUUAAUCUUUGGCGUCAUGUGAAACGUAAUCAUCCUAAAAUCUAUGAUGAGUUAGUAAAACAAAAAGAUGAAAACGAUAAAGCUGCCUCAGAUAAAAAACGUGGUAAUGAAAAUGAUGCCACGCCAUCUAAAAAAAAAAUAAAAACUGUACAAGAAAACAUGAGCACAUAUUUUACAUCAUCAAAAGUUACAAUCACUAUGGAUGCAAGUACUUUUCAAGAAGGACUUGUUGAGAUGAUUUGUUUGAGUAUGGUUCCAUUUACUUCAUUUACAUUAAAAAACAAAGGAUUUCAAAAAAUUGUUGGUGAAAUGGCAAAAAAACUCGGUGUAUCAAUGGGGCAUGAUGCAGUUCGACAUUUGGUAAUAACCACAGCAGAUUCUUCUCGCAUGAAACUGAGGCAAACUUUGAGGGAACAGUUAUGUUAUUUGAAGCUAGAUGCAGCAACUCGUGGUAAUAAAAACUAUCUUGCCAUUAAUUUACAAUUUUAUAAUGAAACAAGUAAUAAGUCUGAAAUAAAAACCCUAGAUAUAGUUGACACUGAAGGAAAUCAUAACUCUUUGUAUGUAAAAAAUCAAAUUAAAGAAACCUUAAAAAAAUUUGAUAUUGAAGAAAAACAAAUACUUAGUAUUUGUGUAGAUAAUGCAGCAAACAUGACAUCUGCUGUAAAUAAACUUGGAAUUCGUGAAAGCAUCACUCAAGGUGAAGGUAAUGAAGAACCUGAGGAUAUUGAUGAGAACAGUGCAAACAUUUUGCAACAGUGGGUCAAUGAUCCUUCUGAAAUAUUACCACAGUGGGUUAAUGAAGACACAAACAUUCAAUUAAUGAGGUGUGGGAUUCAUACUCUUCAACUGGCCAUUUGGGAUGGAUUAAAAAAUGAACGAGUAACAAAAAUUCUAGGAAGAAUUAGGCAA